AUGAGGGAGCUUUCCGACGAUGAUGCGAGCGCGUUGUCGUAUUACUUGCCUCACCAUGCUGUUCUGAAGCCAGACAGCACGACUACGAAGCUGCGUGUCGUUUUCGAUGCUUCCUGCAAGACGUCCAUUGGAAUCUCUUUGAACGAUGCCCUAAUGGUGGGACCCGUAGUGCAGGACAUGAUCGUGGACAUCACACUCCGGUUCCGUACGCACCGAUUCGCCCUCGUAGGAGACGUCGCUAAAAUGUACCGCAUGGUGCUGAUGAAUGCAGCCGAUCAGCAGCUACAAAGGAUCGUUUGGAGAGACAGCGCUUCAGAGCCGAUCCGUACUUUCGCUCUCACGACAGUCACCUACGGUACAGCGUCCGCUCCAUACCUCGCAACGAAAUGUCUGCAGCGCCUAGCAGAUGAAGGUGAAAAGUCGCAUCCUGCAGCGGCAAAGGUCCUCAGAAAGGACUUCUACGUCGAUGAUAUGCUGUCCGGCGUAGACGACAUCGAAGAAGGGAAGACACUAGUUGGUCAGAUGGUAGAACUCCUGCAGUCUGCCGGAUUCUCCUUGCGAAAGUGGAAUUCUAACAGCAAAGAGUUGCUGUCAGCGGUGCCGGAGGGUUUGAGAGAUGAGCGCUCGAUUCUGGAGCUAGAUUCGUCUACCGCCGCCGUGAAAACGUUAGGCUUGACAUGGGAGCCUAGCACGGACUGCUUUCGAUUCAGUUCGCCAGCUUGGAAUGAGGCCGCGGAGAUUACGAAGCGUUGCGUCUUGUCUGAUGCGUCUCGACUGUUUGACCCGUUAGGACUGGUAGGUCCGGUAAUCAUCCAGGCGAAAAUCUUCCUUCAAGAUCUCUGGAAGCACGAUUGCGAGUGGGAUGAACCGCUUAGCUCGCAGCUUCAAGAGCAGUGGCGUGAGUACAGGCGAAAUCUAGCAGGCCUAGACGGGAUUGCAGUUCCCCGAUGGGUUGGAACGAGCCGUAGCACCGAAACGGUUGAGCUGCACGGAUUCUGCGACGCGUCGAACAAGGCAUACGGCGCAUGCGUGUACGUACGUACCGUGACAGCAGAUGGGAACGUGUCAGUUCACCUGCUGACCUCCAAAUCUCGGGUGGCUCCGCUCGAGAAUUUGAAGAAAAACAAGAAGUCGCUGUCAACACCCCGCCUAGAGUUGUCCUCGGCACUUCUCCUUGCUCACUUGUAUGAGAAGGUCGCCAAGAAUAUCAACGUCGUCACCAAGUGUCACUUCUGGACAGACUCGACGAUCGUCGUCUGCUGGCUUUCAUCGUCACCUGCGAGAUGGAAGCAGUUUGUGGCGAAUCGUGUCUCCGAAAUCCAGCACAUUACGAAGGGUAGCGUGUGGCAGCACGUCGCCGGUGAGGAUAACCCGGCGGACAUUAUUUCUCGAGGAAUGAGUCCAGCACAGCUUCAAUACGAGUCUCGAUGGUUUCACGGACCGAAAUGGUUGAUGUUGGACAACCAGUACUGGCCCAAUUCGGCACUGAUCGACGAGGGCAGUCUCGACCAGGCAGACUUAGAGGAGAAAGCGAUUGUCGCGACCCUCCCCGCCGUUUCCCCUAGUGAGAUCUUCGAACUUCGUUCGUCGCUGGUGGAUCUAGUUCGGCUGACUGUUCACAUUCGACGGUUCAAGUGGAAUUCAUCACCGGCAAAUCGGUCCUGUCGGAAAGUAGGCUGCAUCACGUCCCAGGAGUACGACGACGCAGUCAAGGAGCUGGUGAAGCUAUCGCAGCGGGAAAGCUUUCCACAGGAAUUCGCAGACAUCGCUCGACACGGGCAACUGAUCGGCGAUCGAGAGGCGAUCGCAGUGAAACCUAUCGAUUUGCUACCUGCUAGGUCCGACCGUUGCCUAGACCGAAACGGACCAAGAAAGAACGGGUGGUAG